AUAAUGGUAUGAGUCUAGUCUGUCCUCGCACGCGAUUGGUCGAAUGGUGCGCCCAUAAAAAUAGUCUCGCUCUUCUGUGCAUGGAUUGUCAGCAGAGCUGACCAAUAGCGGCUGAAGAUUCGGCUCUCCCCGGCGGGAGUUGGCUCUUCUCGUUCCCUACAAAGCAUCGGCUCUUAGAGCCCGCUCGUUCGCGAACGACACAUCACUAACGGAGACCAGAGACAGCUGCAACGUUAGCCAUGGGUGCGCUCAGAUAAAAUGUUCGGCCGUCCCCACUGUAUUCAUUUACACCUUUACACAUACUGAUUUCUGAUCAUCCUGAUUUAUGUAACUGGGAAACCAUUUUUGUCCUGUCCACUGCAUAUUUCCUGCACAAGAGGAUAGCAUGUUGCACAGUUUCUGCUUUCUGACAUCACUCAUGACAUGUGUAACAUGCCAAAAAAACAAACAAACAAACAAAAAAAACAACAAACAAACAAAAAAAAGAUGUAACAUACCAGUGUUCAAAUAUUAGCAGAUUUUGUCGAACUAUCGUUAUGCUCUCGUGUCUUGGACUCAGGGACCAGAUAGAGAUGCGGUUAGCAUUGUACCAACAAACUGGAUAAUGGCCUUUAACCCAACAGAUACCUCCAGACCAUAUCUUGUGGAAUGUCGUGUGGCUAUCACCAAGAAGCCCGCCAACGGGUGGCAAGUCGAGCAGGCAGUGGUGCUGCAGUUAGCAGAAAAGGAGUCUACAUUGAAAUCCGCUGAGCGGGAACUUUUAAAGGUGGACACGCCCAAAGACCACAAAAGAGCCAGAAAACCCAAACGCCUGUUUGACCAAGAUGACAGUCCAACUCCCACUGAAGACAAAAAGCGGCCGAAGAAAGCAAAACUCACAGCUCAGAAACAGGCUGAGGAAGAAGUUAUUUCUGAAAACAACCAACAAGCAGCCAACCAACCAACAACCAACAACAACCAGAGUCCAGGAGAAUCUUCAAGCAAUGGAAAUCAUGCUGAAAUCAGAGACCUCCAGAACCAGGUCAAGGCUUUAAAGAAGGAAAAUUCCAGACUGCGUAAAAUGUUGGUUAAAGAGAUCCCAUCUUUGUUAGCGGACAUGAGAGAGGUUAUCACCAAGAAUAAUCCCGCCAAAGAUUUCAGCGUCGGUGAAGUUGAAAGUGUGGGGGAAGAAGCUGUGACACCUUGCAAGCCUUCAGAAGUGAAACUAGGAAAUGAUGGAGACAUCACUGUCUCAGCUCAUUGUUGGGAGACUGCAAAAGCACAAAAAACAGCCAAUGCGAUGGCACGAGUGCUGCUGAUGGGCCUUUUUAGUGUUGAUGUUCUCCUGAAGUCCAACCUGACUGGAGGGAUCAACAAGAUUGAUCCUACAGCAGAGCGACGGCAGGCUCUUGAUGGGAACAAACUUCAAGCUUUACUUUGUAAGAUAUGCAAUAUUUUCAGAGAUUUGAAAGGCUUUCCCUUUUUACAUGUCCUUAUUUUUUAUAGCUAUACUCAUUGUUAAUAGACAAAUUGCCUUCUGAGCACAAGAGUUAGCAGAAGUAGUUUGAGUCACCCAGUUUCAGCUUUACUGUAUAGAAAGGGCUCUUAGGACAGACAUCAUUAUGGAUUAGGUUAAUACCUUAAAAUAAAAUACUA